AAAAGACCUGAGUCUCCUCUCCUCGAACUUCUUUUCCCUUCUGCUCUUCAGUCACUCACUCACAUCCACUCUUUACUCGCAACUUCUCUACGCUCUUUCAACAAAAGACAACAGUCCUUCCUUAAUUCCAUUUUCUUCAAUAACUAAACCGCCAACAUGAAGUUCUCUGCUGUCACCCUUCUCACUCUUGCCACUGGCAUCCUCGCCGCUCCCGUCGCCGAGGCCAGCUACGACGUCUCGUACUCCAACUACCAGGCUCCCAAGGCCCCCAAGCCCCACUAUGAGAAGCCCAAGCCUAAGCCUCACCACGAGAAGCCCAAGCACGAGUAUCCCGCUCCCAAGCCUCACCAUGAGAAGCCCAAGCCCAAGCCUCACCCCAAGAAGCCUGAGUACCCUGCUCCUCACCACGAGAAGCCCAAGCCUGCUCCUAAGCCUGAGUACAAGGCUCCCACCUACCAGGCUCCUCACUACUAGAUUCGCUCUGAGAGGAUGAAGGACAGUGGCUGUUUGUGCUGUGGUAAUUGAGUGAGUGACUCGUGCUGAUUCAUGAUCAUGGUAUACGACCUGUGUGGAAACGCAUAGCGAGAGCACGGCGCUGGACUUCCGACUUAUGAGAGAUUCUGGAGGAAUGGCAGACAUGUGUUUGGAUGGAUGGACUUUAGACAUUUUCUUCUUGUACUUUAUUGGCAUAUAAGUUAUUAAUAACUGCAUCCGAAUGAACUGCGUUGCUUAU